CGAAAUCUAGGCUGCACCGAACAAGUGUUUUGGCACAGAGAAGUCGAAAUGCUUGCUGAGUACUGAAGAUUCGUUCUACUGGUUGGGUUGUCGGUCGCUUUCGUGGGCGCGGGCAAUGGUGCCGUUUAUCCAUCCCACCUCAGAUAGUAGCUCGGACGAGUUGGGGUCAUCCCCAUCCAGCUCCUCGCACACCAAUGAAGUUUUUGGGAUCCCGAAGUGCUCGGUAGCCUCGGAUCCGCCCAUCCUUCCCGCCUGUCCCGAGCUUUCAGUUCAGGCUUGCUUCAGCGGCGCCACAAUCUUGAUCACAGGCGCGACUGGAUUCGUGGGCAGCGUGGUGCUCGAGCAGAUUUUGAGAGUGUGUCCGACUGUGAAGCGGAUCUACGUGCUGAUCAGGGAGAAAAGAGGGCAGUCGGGUGAUGAGCGCAUCGACUUCCUGCUGCAUAAGCGGCCGCUGUUCCACAUGCACUGGAAGGAUGGCCGCGUGCCGCUCGAUGUCAGGAACAAGAUCGUGGUGAUCCCUGGAGAUCUGCACAAGCCGGACCUGGGCCUCGCGCAGUCAGACAGGGAGCGCCUCAUCGAGGAGGUGGAGUUUGUCAUCCACAGCGCAGCCUCCAUCUCCUUCUUCGAGCACAUCCACACUCUGCUCGAGCAGAACUACGAGGCGACGAAGAAGGUGAGCGAGCUGGCGCUGCAGAUCAAGGGCAUGCGCGGGUUCGUGCACGUGUCGACCGCAUACGUGAACAGCAACCUGCCGCGGGGCAGUCACAUUGAGGAACGGAUCUACCCUCUGCGCCGCAAGGACGGCCGCCGCCUGGAGCACGCCAAGCUCGCCCUGCAGCUCGCCGCGCUGCCCCCCACCAAGGCCGAGGCCACCGCCCAGAAGCUGCUGAAGGAGGUGAACCUGCCCAACAGCUACACGCUGACCAAGCACAUGUGCGAGGACCUGGUGGCGGACCUGCACUGCCGCGAGUUCCCCGUCGCCAUCCUGCGGCCAUCCAUCAUCGGCGCAAUCGCGCGCGCCCCCGUUCCCGGCUACUUUGGCAACGCCGCUGGCCUCACCUCCGCCACCCUCGCCUUCGCCACUGGCAUGGCGCGAUUCACCUGCCACGACCCGCACAACAUCUAUGACAUCAUCCCCUGCGACCUCGUCGGCAGCGCCGUCAUCAUGUCAGCCGUCGCCCUCGCCCAGCCGAGCCUGGACCCCGACAACGUGCUGGUGGUGCACGCGGCGACGUCAUGCACGCACCCGGCGGAUUACUACAACCUCAUGCGCACAGUGGUCCACCCCUACUGGGCGGCGGACCCCCCAGAGCACCGCCUCUCCUCCAAGCCCUAUAAAUCCCUGGACCAUCCCACUGCCGUGCUCCCCGAGGACAGCCUGGCCUUCAAAGCGAUGCGCAUGAAGCAUGGAAUCCGCUUCAAGCUGAUGGCAGCAGGACUGCGCAUGGCGGGCCACAAGAAGGUGGCCGACAUGAUCAAGAGCAGCUGGAAGGUGUGGAAGCUGUACAAUACCAAGACGAUGGACUUCCACUUGUUCUUCUGCUGCCGCAAGGCCAUGGAGAUCCAGAGCCUGGUGGCUCCCGAGGAGGCCCUGGACAUGAAGAUGGUAUGGGAGGCGCCUGAUGAUGACUGGGAGGCCUACAUCCACACCCACAUGGAGGCCAUACGCGCCAAAUACUUCCCCAAAACCGCCCAAGCCAAGGCGCAGCAGGGGAUUGUGGAGAAGGCUCUGCCAGGGCAGAAGACAGUGGAGGGACUGGCGGACGCUGCCGCCACAAACGCUCCCACUGGGCCCCUCAAGGACGGCUCCCUGGUGAGCAGCACAGCCGCCAAGCAGAACAGCGGCAUUUUCCGCAUGAACAAGAAGCAGCCUGCAGCGCCAGUGCAGCAACCUGCAGCAGCAGCCACCAUUCAUCUGACACCUGUCAUCAGGGCAAAUUGAGCAGCGCUGCUCCGUCCACAACCGAGAUAAAGGGCCAUUUUUGCUUGGGCUAGCUUUCACUCCGGGUGGGGUGGAUCCUCGAGGUGGACAGCUACCCAAGGGAACAUUGCAGGGUGCCUUGCAAAGAGAAAGCACCGUCCCCAAACAGAAUGCGGCAAGGGUGACAAACCGGUAGAAGUGUAUACAGGAUGCUAGAUGGACUGGAAAGGAGUCGCAAAGAAAGGACACCGAAUAAAAUGCUGAGCCGCAGAGCCAGUUGCAGCGAGUACAGGCCAGCUACAAGAAUCGAUAAAAUAGAUAAAAUAGAACCAACCUCAAGAACAUUGCUUGCGCAAUGACAAGCCCCCCAAGUAUGUCAUGAGAUGAUUUAGCUGUUUCUGGCACAAUGUUUCAGAGCAAGAAUUUGGGUUAAAAGGUUUUGGUUGGGACAAGAAAAUUGUGUACCUCUCCACGAGGGGAGCUUGAAGGCUAUUGGCUUUUGCUGCCUGCCCAUGCGAGCUGCUGUGCCAACCAUCUUGGCAUGGGAAGACUCAGAAGCUGAGUGAGGGGUGAGGACUGCCGUGAUGCUUUGCAAUUUGAGCUUUGCAAAAUAAGCCUGCAAUCGAGCACUUUCGCCUCACCGGUGCAGUAGAGUUCGGUGGGGAAUGCGGUUGAUCAGAUAUUGAUUGUCCAUCCUGCAAGCAGGCUUGGGCAGCCCACUUUGGGCUAUUGGUCCACUGAGUACAUCAUGGGGGCACAUGAGCUUGUGCAAGUGACUCGCUGUGGUAGUGUGGUAGAAGAAGUGCCUCCAAUUGCUAGAGCAGACUUUGUCCAGCAAGAGAGCAGUGAACUUGCCACUGUCCAUUCUAAGGUGCUGCUCCAUGAAGGAGACACCUGUCCAUUCUAUUGCCCCUGAAAAGGUCGACUUGCUGCAUUCUCAGGGUGUCUUUUCAUCUUUUAUACCCCCCACGCCGCGCCAUACUUUCUUGCUCUUCCCAUUACAGCAGAGUAGGGUAAUGCAGCAUCGUGGUGAAUUGGAAUCAGCCCUGAGUUUGAACUGCAUCUCCGUUUCAAGCAGCUGCUGAUCAGAAGGCGCUGCAGUGUUUUUCCUCAAGGUGUUUUGAAUAUAGUGGAUAUGUCUGGUUGAUGUUAUCACGUCCUGUAACGUCAGACUGUAAUACCAGUGCAGCUC